CUCUAUGUCACGUCAUAUUUUGAUUGUUUCUCCAAGGAAUCGGCAAAAUAUUUUGAUAAAUAAAAUACUAAUUUUCAAAGUAAUUUACUAAAGUUACUUACAAGAAAAUGGAUUUAAAAACCUUUGGUGAGGAUAAUUUUGAUCCUAAACAGUGGAUAAAUAAAGCAUGGAGCUCCAGUGGUAACCAGGAAAAGGAGAUAUUCGUAGCUAAUACAGUAUCGAGAUUACAACUGUAUAUGAAACAACUAACUAAUUCGCUGGACGAGACUACUACGCAGAUAGUGACUUCAAUUCCCCGUAUCCUUCAAGAUGCGUCCUCGCUCCAGCUUGAAGGUGCCAUGCUGCAGCAGAAACUCUUGUCCCUCGAACAGAAGGUCCAAAGCGUUGAGGAGCAGACCGGACAUUCCAUUGAAAGUCUACAGAAGAUUGACACAUUGAAGAGUCGACUUGAGAAUGCGGCCUCAGCUCUUCGCGAAGCUGACAAAUGGGCGGCCUUAGCCACCUCCUUGGAGGAUAUAUUGGAGUCUGGAGUGCCAACGCAAGGUGAUAAGUUGGCUGAACUGGCUGAACAAGUGUCUGCAAUGACCGCUAGUCUUGAGGUAUUAAGCGAUGCUCCAGAUUAUGAAACCAAGCGGCUGCAGCUAGAGACUCUUUAUAACAGAUUGGAAGCAGCCAUCAGUCCGCCAUUGAUCGAAGCCCUGACUCAAAUGGACGCUGACCGCACAGCGACCUACGUGUCUCUGUUCGCGGGUAUGGGGCGUACGGUCUCCGUCUCCCGUUGUUGGAGACGGGCUGCAGCAGCUCGACUGUCUUCCUCGUGGAGAAGGCUGGAUUCCCAUACCCUGGCAGCUCUGAACAGAAUGCUGUCCAGCGAAGCUGGUAAACAGGUUGAUUGGUUGACCAAUGUCUUGAAGUCGGACACGCCUCUCACGGAAUUAAUAAGACUAUACACGGAUCUAUUGCUUUCUUUGGACCCAUCACCCACUAAGGUCGUUUCAGCGAAUUUGAAACUCUGUUCUUCUCCGGACGAAGGAAUAUUGCUCUUGACAGAUUUGAGAACGGAUAUAAAUGAUUUUGUUAAUUGCAUACAGAAUGUCUUAGACGCGCCGAGGCAGAAUAAAGAACCGCUUACGCCGAGCAUACUGCGUACUUUCGCUCAAGCUGCAUACGCCCCUCUUAGGGAACUACUACCAAAAUAUACAGAACUACAGACAAGACUGUUUUUGGAUUAUUUGAACGAUCCACAAUUGAAUCAGGACGAUCUUCUAGAACUAUCGAGAGCUAUAUUAACAGUGUCCGAGCGCUGUGAAGGAUGGUUGUCCACUGCGUUUGGUAAAGCGAAGAAGAUUGCUGGGGAUGCGUUGUAUGCUGUCUACAUGCCCGCUGUAGAGAAUUUCGCGUCAUCACUGUCGAACCUUAUUUCGGCGCAUAGCCGCCGUAUAGAGUCGGCGUUCCUAUCUUCGGCAUCCGUGGGCCAGGUGACUGGAGUCCUAUCCAACACGUUCCCAGCAUCCCUGAUGCUGCAGACUGCUGCAGCCAACAUCCUCGCCACGUUAGCUGAAACAAGGGAGGUUGAAGAAUCAAAUCCUGAAGAUCCUCUACAUGACCUACCAACCUUGCUCCUGGAGCCUGAUGUGAAGCAACGGCUCGCCUCCUUCAGGUCGGAGCCCCCGGCCUCCGCUGCCGUCCUCAGACGGACUAAGGAUCAGCUCAGGAAUUUAUCCAGAGUUAUAUUAAGGAAUCCUAUUGACAUACAAUUAGAGAAAAUACCUCAACUGUCUGUGUGGAACAAUAAUGAUGCGUUAUCAACUGAUCUACCGGACUUCGCCCUGUCACCGCAAGAAUAUAUUACAGAGAUCGGCCAAUACCUGAUGACUUUGCCCCAGCAUCUUGAAAUGCAUCUGUCAGAGAAACAAGCUCCAUUACAGUUUUUAUCUGAGGUCUGUUCACACACUUGCGAAGUGUACGCUGAGAAGAUACUUAACAUAAGGAAUAUGGAUGCAUUAGGCACGAAACGCUGUCUCAAUGACAUCGUGUACCUAUCAAGCGUGGUGGAAGACCUAGGCAGUGCAAUAACACCGUCUCUUAAGAAUCUGGAAAAGUCGCUGAGAGCCGCUGCACCAAGCCAACCUACAGAAUAACUGCGUAGCGUAAUAAUGACCUGAUGGUAAGCAAUCGAUUUCGAGGAUUUUCACAACACCAGAGGAUGUAUCACAGGUUGUUGGUAAUGAUGUAUGUUAUUUAAUGUGUGUAAAAACACGACACAAAAAGUUAAAAAAUAUUAAAAAUACAAGUUUGGGCAACGUUUAAAAAAAUGUCUCGCGAUUGUUAUAGUUUUUUUGCCCUACACUAGAAUUUUCUCCUGUGUCGUGCGCGCGCGUUUGCAAACAUACAAUUUCAUAUACACAUUAUACCCAGACACGGAAUAACGAUUUGUGGAUCACACAAAGAGUUGUUCCGUGCCGGAAUAACA